AGGGGGACAGCCCCUAGUCCGUUUGCUUCUAGAGCCCAACCUCAUCUGAACCAGAAUGGCAAAACCAUCUGAGCAGGCUAAUUCCGGGAGUCCCACAGCAGGGCAAGCUAGCUUGUUUUUUGUUUCCGCUUUCCAUAUUCCUCCUAUUAAGCUCCAGCACCAACAUUUCCUGCACAACUUGGUGAGAAGAUCCUUCUAAUAAUAAUACAAAUGUCCACACCCUCCUGGAGAAAGUGACCACUCGGGUUGCGAAAGAAGGAUGGCAGCUACCGGUGGUGACCUUUGCUAUUUUUCAUCAUUCUUCUAGAAUGAAACCAGGCAGGUCCAGAGGCAAAAUCUGUUGUCUUGCUAACUGGGGAAGGAACUGGCUAGAGAGGUUUAGGCAUGUUAGUCCAGUCAAGGAGUAACUACCUUUCUCACCUGGUUACUGGAUAUGGGGAAAUGGGAUUUUCCCCUCACUAACAGUUAAAACUCUCCAACGGACUAUAAAUCCCAGUUGUCACAUUUCCGAGGAGAGAAGGACAACCAAAUCACAAGGAAGAAAGGGAGCCAGGUGUGAUAUCGACCCCAAGAAGUUUUACGAGGAGGCUAAGCAAAGUCCUUAUCAACGGAAGAUGAAGAUCUUAUGGAGAUCAAUGGUGUUGCUGGUUUGCAGUGUUUUGGCAGUAAAUGGGAACCUCUUUCAGUUUGGAAGAAUGAUCCAAAAGCUCACUGGGAAAACGUCUUUCCCCCACUACACCACGUACGGAUGUUACUGCGGGGUGGGUGGCCAAGGCAAACCGCGAGACGACACCGACAGCUGCUGCCUGGCCCACGAUUGCUGCUACGAAAAGCUGAAGGACUGUAACACCAACACCGACAUAUACAACUAUUCCAUCGACGAUGGAGUUAUUACUUGUGGUGAAGGAAGCAGCUGUGAAAAGCAGAUCUGUGAAUGUGACAAAACAGCAGCCCUCUGCCUGAAGGACCACCUGGACACUUACAAUAAGGAGUAUCGCUUUUACUCCGACAAGAACUGCCAGGAAGGACCGAUGAAGUGCUGAGCUCAGCCCCUGCAGGCCCAAAGCUGCAUUGCAACUCCUCUUCAAAAAUAAAAAAAAUUAAGCUUGCA